GUUCACUCGCUUUUUACUCGUGUGUUUGUUGGCAUCCGGGGUCAUGACCGAAGCUGACCCAAAGCCUGACCCGGCCGCUGACCCGCUUCCCGAUCCAGUUGCUGACCCUGUUGCUGACCCAGAAGCUGAUCCUGAAGCUGACCCCGAGGCUGACCCCGGUUACCACGCCCCCUGCUACGAUAAGACACAAUAUGUUAAUGCAUACAAGACCGAGGCUUACCCUGUGCCCGUCUACGAGACCGUGUACAAGAAGAAGGUCGUCCCUACCACCUUGUACAAGACCUUGCACAAGACUCAGUACCAGACGGUCUACCACACCGAAUACGUGCCCAAAUACGUCACCGAAACCUUGUACAAGACCCAGGUUAAUUACGUGACCAAGCACCUGUCCAAGUACCAGACCCAAUAUCAGACCCGGUACGCCACCGACGUGCAGUACGUGCCCAAGUACGUCACCAGUACCCACUUCCACACCCACUUCCAGACGCAGGUGCGCUACAACACCAUCUACGACACCCAGUACACCCCUGUUUACGUGACGAAGACCAAGGUGCAGUACCAGACCCACUACGCGACCCAGUACGCACCCAACUACGUUACUGUCGCCAAGAACAAGGUCAUCUAUAAGACUUAUUGCCCCAAGCCCGUCUAUGGGUAAUAGGGGGCUGUGUGCAUGGCGCCUUGUUCUCGCUCUGUUGCUGUUCCUUCUUUAUCGAGCCUUUGAGUCGCAUGCCGUCUUCUCUUUUUCCGUCCUUAUCUUUCUUUUGUAAAUAUCUCGUAUUUAUUUUGUGCUUCUAUUAUCUAUAUAUACAUACUUUUCUAUGGCAUUCUAAGAUUUAGUGUUUUUAUUAUAUAUACAUACUAUUAUAUAUAUACUUACGCAUACUUUUCUAUAUCAUUUUAUGAUUUUGUGCUUUUCUUAUAUACGUACAUUUUCUAUAAUAUUCAGUGACUCACACACAUUAAUUUAUAUCUUCAAUAUCCUCUUCUGUAUCUCUUUAUUCUCAGUUAUAUUUUCUCUUCUCCCUUAUUACUGUUUCUUCUUGACAUUUCUUUUGUGUAUUUUCCUCUAUUUCUUUUUCGCUUCUCCUCUUCGGCUUCAUGGCUUGCAAGAUUCACCAGAAAACCUUUAUAUAAAAAUGCUUUACGCUGUACAUUUGUACAUUUAGACGGGGGAUUGUCAAGGUGUUGUAAACAUUGUAUACUUCAUUAAUAAAACUAUUCUCUUUUUGUA